AUGAAUAAGGAAAUUACAAAAAUUCUAUUUCCCUAUGAUGUAAAAUUCUUCAAGGGUAUAUUUGACAAGUAUAUGCAAAAUGAAGACUACAGCAAAGACUUGAAAAUUAUUCACAGUUCAGGUAAUUUAAUGAAAGAAAUAAUUAGUAAGGAGAACGGGCUAAAUUUUUACUUAGAUGAGAAUAACGAUGAAAGUUUUUUAAAAGAAUGUAAGUUACCAUUUUUUAAAAAAUUACUCAAGUAUAUGGAUGUAAAAGAAGAGAAGGAGAGAGUAAAGAGAGAAGAAAAAAUGGAGAAGGAUAUGGAAACAGAUGAACAUGGUCAUAUUUUACAAAAUAAAAAGAAUCAAAAGGAUGAAAAUAAUAGAUAUGAUAAGAGGGUGAGUAACAGAAGAAAAGCAUUUCGAGCUUACUUUGUGUUUAAUAAGAAAAUUAAUAUAAUAAAUAGUUACAGGAUAUAUAGCUAUUGCUCAAAUAUCAUUCAGUCAUUACCUUCUCUCACCUAUUUGUCUGUUAUUAAAAUAUAUUUGACAAACUACCCCUUAAAAAUAUUUUUGUCUUGUGUCUACUUUUACACCUUCGUUACUUACGUGUGUGAUAGGAACAACUUGAUAGAAUUUCUGGAAUCCCUCUUCUGCUCGAUAAUUGUCACGAUCGGCUGCUUGACACUAACAGCGGUGCACUACGUGAAAGAGAAUCGAAUAAUUUCAUUGAUGUCUAGAAUAAACGAUUUCAAGGAGAGUUAUAUAUGUAGAAAUUUCAUAAAAAAUUCUGCAAGGGAUGAAAUGGAGGUCUCUAAGUUUGUAAGUAAGAAAACACAUGAGAUGAAGAAAUACUCAAAAUAUUUUUUUUUGAAAAGUGUAUUAAAUAGAAUAAACUCAGAAUUAUAUGAUUAUGAAUGUUUAAAGGAUUCUAACAAAUUGAACUAUAUGAAAGAUACCUUUAAAGAAAACCCCCUUACUCAAUAUUCCCCGGUCAACUCGAAAGAGGAGUACUUAGUUCAAACGAUGGAGGAAGGAGAUCGCUCUAAAAAGGGGGCAGCAAAACGAGAGGAAGAAAAUAGAAGAAGUAGUAUUAGCAGUAGUAGUACUAAGGCUCGAGAAAUGCUCAUGGGAAGUGGGGUUCCUGAAAAGAUCGUCUCAGAAGGUAUAUAUGUAGAUGGUGAAAAAAAGGUAAAUGGAGGAGAAAGCAUGCAAAUGGGUAUAAAUACAAACGAAACAGAUAUAGAACCAAAAGGAAAUGAAAAAGAAAAAAAAAAAAAAAAAUUAAACUUAGAAUAUUGUAGUGGCAUAGAUGAUACAGAAAAAGUAUGCAAACAUGGGGAGGAUAAAAGCACAAUAAAUAACAUAAGAAAGGAUAAAAAAUAUGACCAUAUGAUGGUCGAAGUUGAAAAGAACAAAAAUAUAAUUGAUUACAUAAUUUUUGAAAAUAAUAUUUAUUUAAUUAAUGGAAAGAAUAUACUAGUUGGGGACAUUAUUUAUUUAUUCAAAGGAGAUAUUAUACCAGCAGACGGUAUACUCAUAAAAGGUAACAAUCUGAUUGUAGAUGAAUCAAAUAUAGUAAAUUCAGGUAAAAAAGAAAAGAAAAAAAAAAUUAGACUAGAUGAAUAUAUAUAUGAAAUAGAGCGAUCAAGAAAAAGAAGAAUAACUGUUAACGAAUUGAAGAAAAAAAAUUUUAAUUAUUUUGAAACUCUUAAUUUAAAAGUCAAGAUGCAACUAAAAAGGUUUAGCAAUCCGAAGAAUUCUAAAAAGGGAGAUUUGUCUGUACUAGGUCAACAAAUGAUCACAGAACAACAACAUGAGAAUGAUGUGCGCAAUAGUCUGGGGGAUAAGGAUAAAUCGAGUUCAAGGGGGGAAGAAAGGCAAGAAAAGAAGCUAGGGGAGAUUAAAAGCAGACAAUUUUGGGGUGAAAAAGGGGACAAUUUGUGCCAUGAGGCGUUAGAAAAUGGGAAUAUUUACAGGGGAUCUGUUGGGGAAAGUGCAGCUGGACAAAUUGUGGGUGGGAUUAGCCCGAGUCAGAUAUAUAUGAACGAAAAUUGCGGUAAGCUGUGCGAAUAUUCACCUUUGCUUUUAUCCGAAUCCGUGGUAACAGAUGGUAUGGGCAUAAUGAUCGCUACUUGUGUAAGUAAAAACAAACAGAUGUUUAACAAUACUAUUAAAAAUUCGGAAGAAGAUACAAAAUUAGAAGUAUUAAUAAACAGCUAUUCAAAGAAUGUUGUGAUAUUAUUAACUUUUUAUUGUUCUCUGUGUAUACUUUUUGUAUUCAUACAUUUUCUUAUUAAUCUAAUUGAGAACGAUAUGCAGACAUUUGCAUACAACUUGUUAAUGUUUUUGCUGAACGCGAUAAUGUUAGAAAUUUUGAAAUAUCUUUUACUUUCAAUUGAUCAAAUGCCUUUAUUAUUACAAAACUGUAUAGCAUUAAAUUCAAGUCAAAUAAUGAAAGAAAAUUUUAUAAUCAAAAAAAAAAAUACGUUCGAAAAAAUUUUACAUACUAAUACUAUUUUUAUUGAUAUACAGAGAUAUAUAAAAUACCAAUGUAUUUAUUUUUAUUAUAAUACUGAAUUUACUUUUGCUACUGAUGGAGAUAUAGUAACAUCUAGUAUUGUAGAAGAAGAUAACAUAAGGGUGUUUAAUAAAAUUGGAGAAAAUGAAAAUGUUAGGAGUAGUCUCUUUUUUGUUUUAUUAAUUCAAGGUAUACUAACCACUAGCAAUUUGUAUCAAUAUAAUGAAAAUAACCUACCAGUAGAUUUAUCUUUACUAACUUUUUUGAAACGUUUAGAAAUAAAUAUCGACGAUUAUUUUAUAAAAAGAAAAAAUAUUAUACGUAUAAUAUCUAGUGGUCAAGAUUACAUAAUUUCAUUUGUUCUUUCGAAGAAGCCUUUUUUAAGUGACAAGAAGCUGUCCCUACAAGUAAGCAAUGUGAGCCUUAACAGGGGGGAAGAACAGGCAUACGUGUUGAGAAUAUUUGUGAGGGGACCCGCUAACCUCGUCUUGCCCAAGUGCAGUCAGUACGUGAACGGCGAUCGGCUAGUCAGAAAUGUGGAUAAGCUAAGAGAAAAGACGGAGAAGGUUAACAGAAGAGACCACGAGCUAGUCCUCUGUGUUGCAUAUAAAGAAAUACUCUUGAAGGAGAAGGAAAAAGAAAGUCUUUUUUUAUGUGAGGAUGAUAACGAUUUAACGUUUGAUAAUAAAGAAAUGCAAAUGUAUGUGAAGGAUAGUUACUUAAGGUACAUGAAUAUGAACGAUUUUACAUGUGUGUCAAUUUUAGCCUUUGAAAGAAAGCUAAGUAAGCAUUUCUAUUUUGAUUAUAAAAUGUUAGAAGCAAAUGAUAUGACUGUGAAAUUGUUUACAAAUGAUAAUUUGAUAAAAACGAAAAAACUGUUUUGCAAUUUUCCGAAUUUUUUUCAAAAUUUUAUUUUAUAUAAUGCAAAAAAAAAAAAAGGUAUGGAUGGAGAAGGUCCCAUUAUGCCUGAUGGGAAUGCUUAUGGCAUUAACGAGGAAGAUAAAAAAAAAAAAAAAAAUUUAGAAGAUAUAUAUAUAGACAAUUUCGGUGGUAGUAGUGGUAAUGGUCAAGACAAUGGAUAUGGUAAUGGCAAUGGUACUUAUAACGGAGGUUACCAAAAGGAAGGAGACAAUUUGCAUGGUUAUAAGUUGAACACAAAAUGGGAGGAAACCACCGUUCGACUUAAUAAAUGCAAAAGUGAGAUUUUAAACCUGAAGCAAUAUGAAGAAGGUAUUACAAUGAAUCUAUUGAAUCAAAAUGAAAGAAAAGAAAAAGAGGAUUAUUUUAUUUUGCAGCACAACGUUUUCUAUAACUGUUCUAGUAAAGAAUUGGAGAAUUUAUUAUAUGUUUCUAAAUAUUAUGGGCAGAAUGCAGUAGUAACAAAUCAAAGCAAUUUCGUUAAUGAUGAUCGUAUAUGUAGUUUACUAGUUUGUGAUAAUAGAAGUAAAGAUGCAGAUAAAGCAAAAAGUGAUAUAAUAAUUUUAAAUAAAAGCUUAUAUUAUUAUAUAAAACUAAAAUGCUUUUCCAGGUGUAUGUUAAUGAAUAUUCGAUUAUUCAUUGAAUAUAAUAUAACUUUAUACAUGUGUCUUGUUCUUUUUUCUAUCGUUUCAACAUUUGUAAAUGGAUUGGAAUUUUUAAGUGCUAUACAAAUAUUAUACAUAUAUUUAAUAAAAAAUGUAAUAUUCCAUUAUAUAUCUUGUUAUCGAAAAAGUUUAUAUAGCAUAGGAGGAAAUAAAUUAAAAAAAAUUUCAUAUGACUUUUUUAGUGAAAAAGAUAUGAACAAUAUGAUAUCAUCAAUUUUGUCUAAAUUUACAAUUCUUUUAAUAGUUUUUUUAUUUGGACAUUUGUUUAUACCUGAAUCGAAAUGGGAAUUUGUCAAAGAUGAAGUGAGAGAACAAUUCGCGUUCUGUGAAUUUUCAUUCUUUACAGAUAAACAUAAUUCUAAUUACUUCCAUACGAUUAGAUCAAGUAUUCGUUUUAAAAAAAAUUUAGAAAAUAUAAGAAUUCUUAAUAUAAUUGAUGUUAAGAAGGAUUAUAGGACAAUGGAGGAAUGGGAUAAUCACAUUAGCCCAAGUAGACAUAGCACUAUUCUGUUUAAUCUGUUUUUCCUUUUUUUCUUUUUUUCAUACAUUCAUAUUUAUAUGAAAACUUUUUUGUGCGAAAUAAGUUUGUAUUUCGAUAAAUUUAAGGAAAACCAAAGGGGAAAAUAUAAGCAUUUGCAUUUGAUUCAAAAUGAGGGGAAAAUGGAGAUAGAAAAAAAAAGAUUGUCUCAACAGAUUUACAGUUUAAAGAAAGAAUUAAAAGAAGAAAGGGAAAAAGGUCUAAAACGUAUGACACCAAAUUCAGGGGAUUUAAACAAAGGUUUUGUUGAAACAAAGGACCAGGCAAAUUAUUCUCUUAGUUCUGAAAAAAAGGAAAACAAUCCGAAGAAUAGCAGUACUCAAAACAGUGAUACACAAAACAAGCACUCCGCAGUAAAUUUAAUAAAUCAGUUGAGCACAAAACAUAUUCUAACUGAUAAGGAUAUAAGAAGAAUGUUAAUUAAUUGUAUCAAUCAAAAUUAUGUUAGUUUUCUUAUUUUCCUCUUUCUAUUAUUACUACACAUUACAGUCAUUCAGAGUGGUUCAUUUUUUUUUAAUUUCCACGUAAAAGGAUUAACACUAAUUCAGUGGAUUAUCUGCUUUGUCUUUUGUGCCUUAGAUAUGGUCCUUUAUCUAAUUAUAUCCCGACUCAGUCUUUUCAAGUUAUCCUGCAAAUCGUUUAAGAAUUUUCAACAUUUGUAUGAACCGCGGGAGAGAAGCGUGUUCGACACGCUGCAAGAGUACAAAACAAGUUACAUAUCCCAGAGAUACAAAUACGACCUCAAAGUAACGCGAAAGAGCUGGAUAUAA